AUGGCUUCAUUCUUCUCAGAUACGAUUUCGAACCCUCGCUUCCAGCUGCUUGCGACGGCUGUGGUUUCCGGAGCGACAGCCGCCUCCCUGCUCCUCGGCUACCAGGCGCUUGAGAGGAACGAGAGGAUCUCUCAACUGAAGAACUCCAUCCCAGACGAUGAUGCUGUCAGCUUACAGCGAUUAGACAGUUUUGGUGGCCCCUUGGCUGCCCCUGUCGACGAGGAGGAUGCGCGGAACAUGGCGCUCGCUCGUCGAGCGCAAGCCGGGGAUUUUGACGAGGAGCUGAUUAUGGAGCAGCUUGCGCGCAACCGCGUCUUCCUGACCCCGGAGGGUCUUGAAAAGCUGGGGAGCUCGUUCGUCGUCGUCGUCGGGUGCGGCGGCGUCGGCUCCCACUGCGCGGCGGCUCUAGCUCGCUCAGGCGUGUCCAAGUUGCGACUCAUUGACUUCGACCAGGUCACGCUGAGCUCGCUGAACCGCCAUGCGGUGGCGACGCUGGCGGACGUGGGAAUCUCCAAGGUGCAGUGUCUUCGACGGCGACUGAUCGCCAUCGCUCCCUGGGUCAAGUUCGAUCUGCAGCAGGAGAAGUUCGACGAAGAUGUCGCUGAGCGAUUACUGAGCCCCUGGGGUGGGGAUGAGGACGGCUGGGCUCCGGACUAUAUUAUCGAUGCCAUCGAUAACAUCGAUACCAAGGUCGCCCUCCUGAAGUACUGUCACGACAACGGCCUCCCUGUGAUCAGCUCCAUGGGCGCCGGCUGUAAGAGCGAUCCAACACGAAUUAUCGUUGGGGAUAUUGGGACAAGCACAGAUGACGGUCUGUCACGGGCAACGCGCCGACGGCUUAAGCUCAAGGGCAUCACGAGUGGAAUUCCCGUGGUGUACUCAAACGAGAAGGCAGGCGAGGGCAAAGCAGAGCUGCUACCCCUGGCCGAAGAGGAGUUCGAGAAGGGUUCCGUCGGGGACCUGGCAGCCAUGCCUAGCUUCCGCGUACGUAUCCUCCCUGUGCUAGGCACUAUGCCUGCUAUCUUCGGCCUUACUGUCGCCAACCACGUCAUCCUGAGCAUCACGGGCUACCCACAAGACUACCUCCCGGCCAAGGGCCGAGACCGCAUGUACGACGGCAUCCUGGCCUACGUCCAGAGCUCCGAAGACAAGCUAGCGCGGAUCACGGACGGCGGCGACACCGUCGGCCUCAAGAUACCCCUGACGGUUGGCGACGUGGCUUUCCUAGCUGAGGAGCUGUAUAAUGGCCGCAGCGUCAUCACGGGAAUCCCGACCAAGCUGGUCCUGAUUCGUUGGCGCCGUCCCGAGGGCAGCAGCAUGACGGUUCUUGGCGAGGGCAAGGAUGUUCAAAAGUGCUCGACAGUGCGGUUGGGCGACUUGGUAUGCAUGACCAAGGAGGAAGCAACACGCCAUGAGAAAGAAGUGUUCAAGGCCGGGAAGCCCCUGAAGAAGGUGUAUGACGCCGCCACGAUCGAGCGGGUCAAGGCGAAGCUGAAGGAGGCGAAGAAGUACGAAGCAAUUCGAUGA